AUGAACUGUCUCAGACUGUGUACUUACAACACGAGAACAGCGUCCACAGACGCUAACCUGCAUGCUCUUCUCGGAGCUGGAGAGCGUAUCAAAUUUCACGUGAUUUCCCUACAGGAGACCAACUGUAGAAGGAGCGGCAUACGACAGAUGAAUGACAGUACACUCGUCAUUCGUGGAGAGAAGGUUCCGUCGCGAAAUGUAGGCAGUGUCGGUUUUGCUGUGCACCCAUCUGUCGUCCAUCUUGCCGAUUCUCACCAGAUCCUGCCAUUUCGUCUGGGCAUUCUUCUCCUCCGUCCUCUACGCCAAAAACCCAUCAGUAUCAUCAACUGCUACUCACCAACAUCAGCAGCUGAUGAAAAUUCCGAAUUGGAAGCGUUUAGCGAGGAGAUGGAGGAAGUGAUCCGCAACGAGAAGUCCUUCUACAAAUUCGUUGUCGGAGACUUCAACGCAAAACUAGGAAUGGCUACAGAAGUGGAAUACACGAUCGAAAGAUUUAGACUAGAGGACCGGAAUGAAAAUGGCAAUUGUCUCGCCGGGAUGUCCGCCUCUUUCAUGGGGACUCUCUUUUCAUGA